GGACACCGGGGUGCGUCUUGGGAAAUUCUCACCCACUCCCUCUCUCCCGAUGUCGCGGUUCCCGAGGAAGCAAGAUGACGUCAGGUAAGUAAACCGCAGGGGUGGACCAGAGCAAUGGUCUUGUCGUCGUCUCUUCUCACUCUCUCUCUUCCGUUGCCCCCUCGUUUCGUGUUGGAAAUAUCGAAGCCUAACCCUGAUGGGGAGAUCGGACGGACCCCGCGGCAUGAAGAGGAGGAGGAGGAGCAGCGGCAGUGCGUUCGCGGUGGGGGCGAAGGUGGAGGUUCGGAGUGAUGAAGACGGGUUCCGAGGGGCGUGGUACGAGGCCACCGUCGUCCGGCAGCUCUCGCAGCGCCGCUUCGAGGUCGUCUAUGCCUUCCUCGUUGAGGACCACGAUCCAUCUCAGCCCCUCCGCGAGGUUGUCCAGCGCUCUAAUUUACGCCCCCAACCACCGCCGCUACUGGCCGCGGACGCAGCCUCCUCCGGCGGAGGCCGCUACAGUCUUCACGAUCUCGUCGAGGCUUUCCACAACGACGGGUGGUGGGCCGGCGUCAUAUUCGCCGUCCUCCAUGGACCGACCACUAGUCGGUACCUCGUGUCCUUUCCUACAAGCAGGGAAGAGGUAGUGUUCGAGGAGUCUCAAAUGCGGCCCCAACUUCAGUGGGUACGCGGCCGCUGGGUACCUGUGGACGAGCAGAGAGCUGAAGAUCCAGCGUUCUCAAGUGGAGCUCAAGUCGAAGUCAGUCGGGACAGAGAGAACUAUGGCGCAGCCUGGUUUGGCGCUAGUGUUGUGGAAGUGUUCAACAGCACUACAGUCUUGGUAGAGUAUGAGAAUCUGAAAGCUGAGAAUAACGAUGAACUUCUGAGAGAGAUUGUUGAUGCUCAAUACAUAAGAACCUGUCAGCCAAAUGCAGCCCUGGUGAAGGAUUUUGCCUUGAAUGAUGAGGUGGAGGUGCUUCACCAUGGCGGGUGGGUGCCAGGAAUGAUUUCAAAGAUAGUCAAUGGGUCCAAGUACAUUAUCAAGAUGUUGCACGAUGAGAAUGAGACUGAGUUUGGUCAUGCUGAGCUCAGACUCCGCCGAUUUUGGAAUGGUCAGCAGUGGGUUUUCAAGUCUCAGAUGACAUCAACAGCUCUAACUGAAGCCAGGUCUACUGGUAGUAAACGAAAUUCACAUUCUGGCAAAAGAUAUCAUCUUCCCAUUUCAGUGUCAACUUCUAGUGAUGAUGAUGAUGUUGAUGUUGAUGUCACAUGUGAACCUGGCUCUACUAACUUGAGUCUGAAACAUAAGAUAGCGGAGGGUCAGCUUGAGUGUUCACAAGUUUGCAACAACAUGAAGAAAGUGGAUUCUUUGGAAUACAGCAUGGGAUCACCAUGUAGUUCACUACUUGUAGGAUACCCUGCAACUCCAAUGACCGAGAUUAACCUUUCCGUUGCAAUGCCAAUGAUAGAAUAUAGCUCUUCAGUGGAGAAGCAUCAUUCUGAAAGCCCAUUUUUAGGGGAAAUUGCUGAUAUGGCCAAUGUGGGUACAACAUUGCCACCUAACCCCUUAUUAGAUGAGCAUCUUAAUGCACAUAAGAAUGGUUUACCCAAAAUACCAGUCAGGGAUGAAGUUUCUCCACGUAACAGUGGCAAUGGAUCAGAGCAUCAAUCAAAGGUAACUCAAGUCAGUGGUGCACCAAUUAGUCAUGAAAUCAAUGGUUUUUUCCAAUAUGCAGAACAGAGGAACUCUGAAGGUGUCCAUGGUUCUAGUCUGAACAUUACAAAGGGAAGAAGGAAGCUCAUCAUUAAGGCUCCACGACGUCUAAAAAUGGCCAAUAGUGAUGAUAGUGUGAGACAGCAAGCACAAGAUGAGACCCAAAGGAGGCCAAGCAUAGUAGAUUCAAUGAGAUGCUUCAGCAGCAUGUGUGCCUCCAUAAGAUGUGAACCUAUAAAUUCUAACAAAUCAGCUAAUGAGGUCUUCACAAGCGAUGGUAGUAGGGAUAAGAAUGAGUUAUCAGGUUGUUUAUGCCAAGCUACUUCACCACUUUGCCGACAAAAUGAUGUCUUAUUGCUUCAAGGAAACACACCAAUUCUGGAUGUAGUAGGGAACUCAAGAAUCAGGUGUUUGGUAGCACAAUCUUUGCCAGAUGUUGUAUCAAGCUCACUAAGAACUACAUGUGGUGGUAUUCUUAACAAUGCAAGGGUUUACACUGUAGACCAGAUUAUUCCAUCUGUAAUUGGGGAAAGCUGUACUGAGAUUAAUCACAAUAAAGCACCAUCUGAGACAGUUAUCUUUGAGAGUAUGGGUGCCCUGAUUGAUCCCAUCUCUACAGGGUCACCUUUAAAAGAGGAACUGAUGCCAUUCUCAAAGACUUCAUCCAUGUGGGAACCAAUAGAGUCAAUGGAAAUCUUCCAGGUAAUGCCUCAACAGCCACAUUUUCACCCAUUGGAGCAGUACUCUAUGGAGUUUCGCGAAGGAAUGGCUAUUGGUCUUAUGAUAUCAUUUGCCAACUUAGUUGCCAAUAUUCAGCAGAUACAUAUUGAUGAUGCACAAGCAACUAUUGAGGGAAGGUUGAGGGCACUCAGCGCCUUUGAGGCAAAUGGAUUCAAUGUUCAUUGUUUGCGGUCGCGCCUUCAGGACCUGCUUGAGAUGCAUGUCAACCGAAGGCAGUGUGAGACUAGAAAAGCAGCACUCAAAGUGAAGAUGUUAGAGAAAAAAGAUGAUAAUGAGAGGCUAGACUCUUUAAUUGCAGCAUUUGAUAAAGCUAUCUUGGAACUGGAGCAAAAUCUUGCCAGCUUUCGUGAUAAAAAAGAUUCAGUCAUCAGGGAAAGGAGCAGCAAUGAUUCUGAGAUAUCAAAAUUGCAAGUGAAUAUCCUGGAAGCUGAAGUGACACAUAAUUCUGCUGAAGAAAAUUUCAAAGCUAUCUUAUCUGCACCAUGGUAAACGUCCACAACGAUGGCAUCUUAAGAUGUGUUUUUCUUUUUCGUUUGUCUAAGUGUGAGCUUAAAUUAGGAAGUGUUUCUUUUCUGACCCAUGUGUAAUUUUGAACACUGAUGUCAUCAUCAGAUGCUAUGUAAAUUGUGUCUGGUAGUUUUGGCUCUUUAUCAUGUCAACCUAGUAUGGUGUUUGAAGCAUA